AUGGGCUGCUGCCAGGGCUCAGCCUCCGUGGUGCCUCUGGGGCCACCGAGCAAGGAGGACAGACUGCCUCUCAUUUUCCGCACAGCGGACAACUCCAUCCGAAUCUGCACUUCCUGCCCGUCAAACCUCUACAACCACGUCGAGGCCUUAUGCAGCGAGCUGGAUAUCAGGACGGCCUUUGGCAGAAAGGGCGACUUCAUGGAGGACACCGAAGGCGAAGAUUGGUUCGGCAAGUGGCAGAACAGAGUCUUGCAGUCACUGGACGACGCCCUCCAGACGAAGAACCGCGAAGGGCCCUUUUCCAUCUACAGUUUAAUGAUCACCGACGAGGACAACAAAAACUGCAAGAGGGAGCAAGAGAACAUGGAGGAGUUAGCCGAUGCGCUACAGCAUCAGCGGGGGGACUCGUUGAGCUUCUCUGUUAGUUCUUGCCUGGUGUGCGUCCAAGACUUGACCACGGCGGUUCGUAGUUUACAAAGAAAGGAGCACGAUGUCCAGCGGGCUUACGAGCAGUUCCUCAAGUCGGGCAAGCACAAAGAUGCCUGGUCCUUCUACCUGAUGACCAUGGCUUUGAAGGCACAGACCUCGUCACCAAGACCAUCGGCGCAGCGUCUGAUAGAUCGGGGCGAUGUUCUUGGAACUAUCCUGACCGAAAAAGGCACCGAUCAGCUGAACGAUCGCGAUACGAGGUUCUGCGAGAGAGCCGAGUGGCUCCUCAGAUGUGCGGAUGCUUCGCGAUGCAUCAGGCCGAUUGUGGACAAGCGCUGGAAAAUCCCGAUCAGGUUCGACCCACAGAGCCGGCUCGCUCAAUGGGCAGUGGCGCAAGAACUGGACCUGUCAGAAACCAACCUGGACUUCGAGAGAGAUUUCGCAAGUUGCAUACGGGACUUCGCCCCAAGCAAAGGAAACCGAAAAGGGCAUCUCAGGCUUCAGCUUUUCCAGAGGUGGCAUCGCGCAUCCGACAUUCAGGUGGCGUUGCAGAGGGAGGAGGAAUUGAAGUGGAUUUUGCAGGAGGCAAGACAAGCAGAGCUGCCGGAUGACCUUCUGAAUGGUGUCGAAUCAAAGCUCAAGGAGUGCAAAGAGGUGGAUGAAAUGUCCUACAACCUGGCGGCCCUCGUGAAGCACCAGAAGGUCAUCGUGAAACGGUGGACAGAUAGCUAG